AUGUACCAUCCAAUGGGCUCCCGGAGUAGAUCCCUUCGUUUGGCUUGCCAAUCGCGACUGAAGCAUUUUGAGGAGUUGGCCAAAGGAACAGGCAAGGACUAUGGCCGUCCAGGAAAGGCGGGCGCUGGCAAGGGUCGUUCGCCAACACCGACACCCAAUCGGGAUGGCGGGGCAACGGCUGGUGGCAGUGGCAGUGGAGGUGGUGCUGGGGGUGGUGUUGGUGCAGCGGCACCCACAGCAACUGGAGGCACCACUGGCGUCGGCAGAUCCACACUACAUGCCAACAAAACGAUACUGAAAACGGUAUCCGUGUUCCUUGCCAGCGGCAAGCGCAACUCGAGCAACCAACAGUCGAAAGCCGCCGCGGCUGCUUUGCAGAACAAACGGCAACAGCGGCAACGGAGGAUGGAUGAGCUGAGCGGCAAGGUGAAUCCCAAGCUGUUGGACAGCCUGCGAAAGAAGACGCGCUUUACCAAGGACGAGUUGGAUGCCUUGUGCCGCAUCUAUCGCAAGCUGGUGUCCAACUGCCAGUAUGCGGCCAAGACGCUGGCCUCCAGCUCCUCGAGUGCAGCUAUUGCCAAGCCACAUGCCGCCGUCGAGGGCAUCGAUCGCAUUGUGUUCCGCGAGCUGUUGCACAGCACCUUCGACAUCGUCACCGAGGAGAUCCUGAUGGAGCGCAUCUUCUGCAGCUGGGACAAGGCCCACGAGGGUUUGCCCCUUCGCCUCGAGGGCUGGCUCAUCGGACUCUCAACAUUCCUGCGCGGCACGCCGGCGGAACGGGCGGCUUUCUGCUUCCGUGUGUAUGACCUCAACACGGACGGAUUCAUCACCAAGGAUGAGAUGUUCACGCUGCUGCGAAACUGUCUGAUAAAGCAGCCGCAGGACGAAGAUCCCGACGAGGGCGUCAAGGAUCUGGUGGAGAUUGUGCUCAAGAAGUUCGACCUGGACAAGGAUGGCAAGGUAUCCCUGGAGGAUUUCAUGGGCACAGUCACAGCUGAACCACUGCUCAUCGAGGCCUUUGGCCAGUGCCUUCCCACGGACAGCGCCGUGGUGUCCUUCUUCUCAACGCUGCAGGUGUGAUCAGCAGCUUAGUAGCUUUGAAUUUGUUAAACUAGUCUGUCAAUAAAGUGUGAAAUUAUAUUAAAUAUUGCAUGAAAUAUUACAUAAUUUACAGUAGCAUAAUCUGCAGCUAAGAAACUAUCUAUAGAGCUUAUUUACUCUAUAAAUUGAAACCGAUCAUCAGCUUAGGCACUUGCCAUGCAUCCCACCUGAACUGGUGACCCCUAUAAAUAGCCGGGCGUAAAGCGGCUUCCAUUCGCGGAUGCUGUUAAGACUAAUGGCGGUCGCUAGUUGACUCAGUGGUGACCCCGACCCACGACAGGGGUGCAAUUUGCACUCGGAAACCUGUAAUUGGCACGUAUCCACAUUUGGAUCACUGCCGAGAUGGAGCUGCGGAUUGAGAUGGAUGCCGCGGAUGAGCCGUCAAGGCGUCAUAUUUAUGCAAG